AUGAAGGAUACACAAGAAGACAAUCAAACUUCCAAUCAGGAGGUGCAAAGUGAUUCUGGUUCGGAUGAUGAACAAAUCGUACUCGCCGUUAUAGGAGUCGCUGUACUGAUAUCAAACGGUCUUGUUUGUACACUUUUCUGUCGAUACCGUACACUUCGCACAAUAACAAACACUUUUAUUGUAAGUUUGGCGAUAAGUGAUCUGAUGGUUGCAGCGGUGUUCUUGCCGACAUAUCUGGCACGUCUGGCUGCAAGCCCCUAUAUAAUCGCCUACAUUCUAUUUGCUUACCUUUUUAAUUUCUGUGGGGUUACCUGGGAUCGUUACCAAGCUGUUCUUAAUCCACUUACUUACAGAUCUAAGGUGACGCGAACGAUUGUCUACAAGAUACUGGCUCUUGUGUGGAUUAUGCCAUUGCUUUUAGCUAUAAUACCGAUAUUCUGGGAGUACCAGGAGGAUAUCAAGUCAUCAGCCGAGCGUAUUUACCAAGGAAUCUUGGUAACAAUAGUGACAAUAUGUAGCCUGUUGAUAUGCUGGGCCUACGGUCGAAUAUUUCGUGCAACAAGACGUCAAAUGAAAAAGAUGAUUGAAAUGUCCGAGACAAACUCGAGGGUCGAAAACAGUGCAAAGAAGCAAUUAAGGGGAUCAAAACGACUCUCAGCAAACAUCUCCAAAGAGGUGAAGGUUGCUAAAGUCUUCGCGCUUGUUGGGGGCACAUUUGGAGUCUGCUGGCUCCCUUUAAUAAUUAUCAACGUAUUUGGGGCGCUGGGUUUUCCAGAACUGAUUCCCGGUACCUUCCUUCAAAUAUCGCUCUAUUCUUUGGUUGGAAAUGCAUUGGCGGAUCCGUUGAUUUACUCAUUCUAUAAGGCAGAUUACAGACGCGCCUUUAUGAAACAUUUCGGUUGCUCUAAAUCACGACUCCGUUACCCAUCCUCAAUGACUAAUGACUCUAUCUGCACGGAAGAAAUUCGCAGCAGCAGAGUAGAUGAAAACCUAAUUCAGACAUCUAAAUCCGUCAAUUUAGCUAACUUACAAUAAAUCACCCAAACUAAUAUUCAUUAAAGGACUUCCUUCCUCCCGAAAAAAAAAAUACAUCAAUAAAAAUAAAUACAUAAAUACAAAAUCGACAAGGAGAAUGCGUGCUUUUAGUUGCAGGUGAAACAGUUUAUUUGCGUAAUUAUUGUUACAAGCCCGCAAUAAAAAGAAAGUUUAAAUUUCAGUCUUAACAAAGAACUUUCAUUUAGGCACAAACUAUAAUAGCACUGGGUACAUUAGUGCGACAUAUGUUUUCAUUUAUAACUGAAUGAACCCCCAAAACAUAAUUAAUCUCUGACUUCAAUGCGAUCAUUUUGGAAUGCGUUUCUUUAUGAAUUUUGCCGAUAAUUUGUUAGCUGUAAACACUUUAAGUGAAGAUGAAUGGAAAUGAUUAAUUUUCAAAAAAUAAUUGUUGUAUUGAUAUCUUUAUUAAUUUUUGAACAUGGGACAAUGAACUGUUUGAUUGCAUGUGUUGUUGAAUUUACACGGCUUUUAACUUAAAUUAAGGAGCUGACUAAGUCUCUGUCAUAAGCACUUGACAAGGUCUUAACAGAGAGAUACGAGAAACCAAUAAAAAUUCUUACGAAAAUGGAGAAAUGGGAUGACAUUGAUGACAUUUCAAGUUAAUGAAGCGUUUUGUUUCGUUUCGUUUCCUCGUUUAACGGCAUGCAACACUUGGACGGAAUGCCGAGUUAUAAGUAUGUAAACUUCGACCAUUCUUUGAUGAUUUUACGCUGUGGUUGUUCAAAAAAACAGUGAAAUAUUCGUCUACAUAUGGCGUGUAAUCCCCGCCAAAAAUGAUUUUGUUAUGUUGUGCUAAAUUGUGAAAUAUAAGUUUAUUGCAAUCGUUCUAUGUUUAGUACUGUUGCAUCAAAUUCGGUGAGAACGACGUAGUAAUAAAUUAAUUUUGUGGAAUCAAAUUCGGUACCACCGUUUCAAAUUCGGUUCCAGAUCAGUUAAAAUUAUAUUCUGGAGCAUCAAAUCCCACAACUUUCCAAUUCUUCUUCAUUAAGAGGGGUCUAUCAUAUUCGGCAACACCAUCAGUAUUUAACCAGUUCUUCUUCUUCAUCAAAUUUCAGUCAGCCUUAGUUCAGUUUUUUUAAAUCAGAUAGAUACACUUCUGUACUUUGACUUCAGUCCUGAAAUACUAAAAUCUAGCCUGGCUCAUCAUUUCUGGGAAUUCUGAAAUUAUCCCUAAAAUUAACAAAUUCUGUCUGUCCUUAGUCAUCAUUAUCAUCGACAACGUCACCAUUAUCAUCAUUAUCAUGUAAUAUUUCCGCUGCAAAGACCAACACGUGACCAAUCAUCAACUAGUCGUUCAUUGUAAAUCUGAAAGUUAGUUUCAAUGACCUUUCACGAAGCAAUAUUUGUGUAACAAAGAAAUCGUUGUUUUUAAUUUAAUAUCUUUUUUGUCAAAAGGUGUUGCCAUGGUUUAAAUGCUGUGGUAAAUGUACAUAUUGUCCGAGAUUCCCAUCUCCCAUUCCAAGUUCAUGAUCGUCUUUUUCCCUCCUCUUUAUCCUUAUAAUAGUAAGCUCGGGCAUUGUUUCUUUUGUUGGUUCCUCAUUAGUUCCCAGUCUCCGAAGUCUCUUAAAGAAAACAACAUUUAUAGCUUUACGGCGAAUUUUGCUGUUGAGAGUUAGGCAAACAAUUGGAUUUAUGCAACUGCUUCCAAACGCAAACACAGAGUACGUAACGUACGCCCCGCGAGGCAGGCUUCCUGUUCCCAUGAUUGCAUUCAGGAAAUCCACCGCAAUUACUGGAGUCCAGCUGAUAACAAAAGCAAAAACAAGUCCCAGUAGAAGUUUAGUCGUUCGUAGUUCUUCAGAACUUAGAUCGCCAUUCUGAUGGCGGGAACGUGAACGAAUCGUGUUUUUCGUUGCAAUGACAUGUUGCUUUACCGUACGAAAAACUUUAUAAUAACACAACGCGAUGAGUGUCAUGGGUAAAACUGUGUAAAUAAGCAACAAGAAAAUAGUAUAAGCUAUUUUACCCAAUUUUCGGUUCGGAUCAAUUGUCAUAAAGCAGGCAGCCUUUCCCGGUCUGAAGAUGUAGGUUACCAACCCACCCAAAUAAGGUGAAAGGGCAAGAACGAAAGGAAGAGUGCUUACAGCUGCAGUCAUUCCUAAUGUGAAUCUUUUGGUAAACCAUUUUCGGUAUAUCCUAGGUCUACGAACACAAUAGUAUCGAUUGAUAGCCAUUAAGGUUACCAAAUGCAGUGAGAUCCACACAAGGCAAAGGACUAACACACCUUAAAAAAAUGCAUACACCUUCACUGAAAAUCCAUUUUCCCUGGAUGAAAAUAGACGCUGAAAUAGGCAUAACUAGCAAGGAAGUUAGUAUAUCCGCAAUUGCUAGACUAACCAAGAAAAUGUUUGUGACGGUAUGGAGCCUUGGGUUUUGGAAGACCACGCAAAUGAUUAGAGAGUUUCCAAUAAACGAUAUCAUAAUAAUAAGCAACAUCAAACUUGAUUCAAGUACUAUGGUCACCAUGCCUCUAUUUUCUAGUUCGUAUUGAAGCCUUUUCAAGUUUUCUUCAUCCAUUUCGAAUUCCAGUUAUAGGAAAAGGAAAUAAUCUCAAGACAGUUGACGAUAAAUAACUGAAGACGUGUGACGCAAUCAGUACUCGAUGUGUUAAUUGCAGUAUUGCUGCACAGUUUGUCUAAUUUGAAAGAAAUAAAAUGGUUUUGAUUAAUUAAAAAUCGCAGUUAUUUUCAGAUCGAAGCAUAGGCAACAAAAAUCGUAUUGUUUUACGAUUUAAAUUGUGAUGCUCUUUUGGCACAUGUGCUAGAGCCUAGAUGGCAAUUGUAGGAAAACUAAGCACCAUAGCAUGCGCAUAGAUUCUUCAAAGAUCGGUCUUCAGGAAAACAAGGAAACAUGUACGUACAGCUGCUGAUAAAUAUGUCAUUUGAUUGGGAAAGAACAAUGCCGGCUGCUUAAACCAUUUAAGCAAAUCGGCGCUUGCUAUCAUUAAGAAACAACUCCAUUGGCUGAGUUUGACAGCUAAUGUCAAUUUUCCCGCCGCACUAAUGAUUUUUGAUAACCGGUUGUGUAACACCGUAUCCUUUUUAACAAAACCUUACUGUACCCGCUUAAAAUUACAAAUCCACGUGAACUACUCCUUUUGUGUGUCUGAAAACAUUACAAAACGAACAAAAUAGAUGGAUAUAUUUUCGACUUUGACAUGAAGUUCAAAGGACAACACAAUAUAGUAAAGAAAAUGUAAUAGGGAAUUUACAAAUUAGCUCAAAGGAAUAAGGUCCUCGUUUAUAGACCGUGUUUAGCCUGUCCAAAUAAUACACAUUAAUAUUAAAGGCAGUUGUCUUUGGUAAGUUCAGAGUUGGUAAUCACAACUGGGGUACCCCAAGGGGGUGCUUCAAGGGCCAACAUAAUAGUCUACUGCCAUGGCUGCAUACCACAUAAAUAAUGGCAGCUUUUGAGAGGGGCGAAUAGGGCUUGCUAAUUAAGAAAGCAAGGCUUAGCUUAGUUUAUGGAAAAUGAAAGAAUCUGUAAGUGCACAGGCUAACAGCCUCAGCCUUCACUUGCCCGUAAUGCAUUAUCGUUCCCAGAGCCACUUGCUCAAUUUCUAACGGACGAGCGACCAAUCGAAGCGACAAGCUCUGCGUGGGAAGGAGAAUACCCGCAGUGUCAGUGAGGAUGUGGGGUUCUUUCGGGCCAUCCUACCCUUUAUCCCGUGAAGCUGCUUCGUAGUGUAUGUAUGAGCAGUCCUUAUCAGCGAUUGGUCAAAGCCGCGACCAAUGGCAGCAAAUGAUAACAGCAUAUUUGUCACAAGGCUUAUUAUUCAAAAGACACACACUGAAAAGCUAAAAAGCGAAUUCAGCAGUAAAGGGGCUAUUUUGGCUCAAGAGAGUGACUAGAACCUACAGUAAAGCAAAAACCAGUGGGUAAAGUAAACGGAAUUAUGUCGCGUGUCCGGUGGGGGGGGGGGGGGGGGGGGGUAGAGCAAAAAAGAUUGGACGCGGGGCAGUAUGAAGGAAAAAAAAAUUCAGACAUCGUAUGAAGCCAGCAACAUGUGUAUGCAAAAGUUAGGGUUUUUUUUUUUUUUUUUUUUUUUUAUGUGUGGAAUUUUUUUUUUCCCCAUUUUUGCCAAAAACUUUUUAAAAAUUUUUGGGUUUUGCACUAGGCUUUCUAAAAAAUUAUUUGGCUUGACCCCCUUGUAAAAAAAGGAAACAAAAAAAAAAAAAACACAAAAAAAAAAAAAAAAAAAAAAAAAAAAAAAAAAAGAGAGAGAGGGGAGGAGGAGUGAGUGAGGGAAAAAAAAAGAAAGAGAAAAAAAAGGAAGGAGAGGGGGGGGGGGGGGGGGGGGGGGGUGGGGGGGGGGGGGGGGGGGGGGGGGGGGGGGGGGGGGGGGGGGGAGGUGAAGUAAAAAAAAAAAUUCGCGCAAGGGAAAAUUAAAUGAAAAAAAAUUCAUGCACGCCAAUUAAUCCUGAAAAAUAUUCAUGCCAUGGCUUAAAAACAAUUAAUACAUGGAAUCUGAUAGCGGAAAAAAAUUCCUGCGGCUCAAAAGGUCCCCUCCCCCCACCCCAUAACUUUUCUAAUGGUCUGUCCCUUAAUAUCUUUCAUGAAACGAUGUCAAAUUUGUUUAAUUUGCUAAUCCAGCGUGUUCAAACAGUUGGAAGGCAAAGGGACAAAAAAUAAUCUGAGAAAAUCCAUUUUGCCUUGCAGUAACAAUAAGGAAAUAAUAAAAAGAAAAUGAACAGAAAAUAAAUGAAAUAGAGUGGAAACAAGACAUAGAGAAUUAGACAAAAGAAAUGAACAGUGAAAUAUGUGAUAUGUCCUAUAUUAAAAAAUACCCGCACCUCCCUAUAAACUCUUAAUGGCAUAGCUGGUAUCCAUAUAAUUGUAGUUUCUACUCUAGUUUGUGUUUGGUCUCACACUUAGUUGAUACGAUAUGGUGCAGUCAUUAUCUUUUACACUGAUACGAUAGGGUGUAGUCAUUAUCCUUUGUAAGGAAAACGUCUCCUUCACAGUGUCGUCCUGUUUCAUGAAGUGAUCUUUUUGAAACUUAUGGCGCUAUCCACCUUUUCAGCUUGAUUAAAUAAAGGAGCGUCGAACAUGCAAUGAAAUUUAAAGCAUUUAGGAAAUAAUUAUGUUUACCGAAAAAUUGUCAACCUGGAACUAAUUGGAUUGCAUUGAACUACACCGAAACGCCUAUUGUCUGUGAGCUUAGGGGGUUAUACACAUUUUACAGUGCGAAAUUAAAGAGGUUCCUGUUCUGUCCUUAAUCCAAUCGUCUUUCAAGGUGUAUUUUUCUUUUCCUAAAUAAACGGACUAAAUUAAUAUAAAUCGACAUUGUGAUCUUCAUGAUGACUAUUUUUGUCUCAUGCAACGCAUGUCUAAGAUUGAAGAGCGGAUGGGUGAGAAGGGGGCUUUAAAAAACAUCAAGAAGUUUAAGAAGAGAAAAUUGAAAAAACGUAAAUACUCUUUGACGGGUUGAAAUGAGUUACAUGGUCUGAUCUUCGGCAGAUAGAAAAUUAACUUGUAUAAAUUAUGGAAAGCUAGUCUCAGGUCUGUUGAGUUGUCGGUUAUGAUUAAUGCCCGACCUUCAAGGUGUUACCUGCACGUUAAGCUCUUCAAAUAGCUUUUAUAAUUUCGAUGCACUCAAACUAUUAAUAGUUCCAGUGACGCCAGCAGUUUUAAGAUGGCAGAAGAUUUUAGUAGCAGUAUUUCCUUCAGAUCAAUUACUAAAUAGGUUUUUUCGAAAUAAUCUUUAAAAAAAUCAUUAAAAUACGGGAUGGCGGGAGAAUUGGUUUUCUUCAAUACUCGCCAGCUCAGUGAUAUUUACCGACAAAGGAAUUGCUUUACUUUAAUUAUUUCCUAGGAAUUGGGCGUGAUAUUAGUGUGGCACAUUAGACAAUCAUAAGGCGAACAGAUUAUAAAGCCGGUUGGCUUAGCCUGUCAAUUGAGAAAAAUCAACGUAUAAGCACUAUGCGGGAUAAGAAAGCUUUAAAAGGUAAAUAGACUGCUACCGUAUAUUUAUUUAAGACUGGCAGGCAGGAAUUAAUACGAAAGGACCGCGAAGAUUCUUUAGGACUGAGGUAAAAGCAUGCAAGAUCGAUGCUAAACAGUGUACGCGCAUAAAAAUAGUAUGCGCUCAUUACCCUACAGAACCAGUCAAGGAAAGACGGUCGAGAGAGCUGUGCACGAAACGACACUGUUUUACAAAGUAAAUAUACCCUUACUGCAUCAUCAGCGACAAAGGAAUAAAAAUGAUAAUAAAUUUAAAUGACUUGGCUUGAUUUUCAUUUUUUCCAACAAUUUUCCCAGUCCCUGAAAAAAACAAAAGAAACAGUUUGCAAACGGAUCUUCCGCAGAACUCAUAAAGUUCAGCAAAAAAAAUCCAUGAACGUUUUUCACUUACCAAAAUUUCAAAAUACUUAUUUUCUGCCGACUAUCAUAAAAUUGCACAAAACAGACUUAAUUACGUCAACUCUCUCAGUCAGUUAUCGGACUGGAUCGGGCACACAAUACAUGUCAAGUAUCUCACUUUUGCUUUCAAUUGACUGAUGAUUUGAACAAAAAGGUUCUUUGAUAAAUAAUUUACUCUUGAUAUUGUAUCUUGUUGGAGUCGUUCAAGAAAUUAGCAUAAUUAUGGUUUACGCUAUACACAGAUGGCUGAUGAAUGCUUGAAGAUAUACCGAACACAUUAACCCUAUAGGGCAUGAAUGAGGUUCGAGUUUUUCCCUUGUCUCCAUACACUUUCAUGAUUUCAAUCCAUAUUCACCACACGGAAACAAUUUGGUCGAAUACUUAAGUUUUAUAUCAAAAUUCUUAGUUAUCCAGUGGUUUUAAUGAAUCCAUCUCACUUACCACAAGGCGCGCCUCACUGCUCUGUAAUUGUUUAAUGUUGGAAUACGUUGAAGAAAUUCUUCCAAUGAGUACACAGGUUUCUUUAAUAUUUUCUUUGUAUUGAUUAGAAAGAAUAAAAAAUAGGAGACGUCAAAAUACCGGGUAGCUUGGAGUUAUUAGCAUUCAAAAAGCGAUAUUAUAGGAGCAGAGUUCUGCUGUUUUCUGGGUUGGUCAAUUGCCUUCCUUCUGCGUCAAUUCCGUGUUACGCAAGAGUAUCCAAGAGAUCAUUAUUAAAGAUGCCUUUAAUUAUUAUAAUGCCCUUCAAACUCACUUUAAUGCACGAGAAGGUUAUAAGGUUAAUAUCUGGAGUCACCGACGCAAUUAUCCUUUAGGGAAAAUAGAUAUUUGCUACGUGCAAACUUUGCAACUUUUUAGAAAGGGAAACGGAAAGGGCAAAUGUGGAUUCUGACAUACUGGACGGGCGUGUCGAGUACACGGAUAUUCAUCAGACAAAAAGGGAGUUUUUUGUCAUGUGUUUAAGAGUGGACCAAUAUAUGCACCGCUAUAAAUAUCUUCUCAGUUCACAAAAGCAUCAUUUUUUAUUUACCUUCAGCAGGGAAACAAGUUUUCUGAUUAAGAUGGCAGACCUAUCGGAUGGAGCCUUGGCGUUAGGUUCAAGAAGCAAAUUUACCACGGCCGUUGAAGGAGGACUAAUAUUGUUAAUCAAUUUCGUUGCACUGUUUGGUAAUUUACUCAUUUGUUGUGUUAUCUACAUCAAGCCAAGAUGCCACACGACUACAAACACUUUUAUCCUCGCCUUGUCCGCCGCAAACGGAUUCAUUGCCUCCUUCAUCAUGCCGUUCACAUCUGCUUCCUUGAUAACAGGCAAGUGGCAGUUUGGAAAGACUUUGUGUGACAUCCAAGGAUUCACAUUCCUCGCGUUAACAUGGAUAUAUUUAUUGACACUAAUACUUGCGGUUAGUAGUCAUUUAUUUCAGAUAACCCGGUUGCCCCUUUACAACAAAUGGUUUUCGGUCGACCGUGCGUAUGGCAUGAUCAUGGUGAUCUGGGUCAUAGUGAUAAUAAUACCGAUAUGUUUCGAAGCGGCUGGGGCCUCCACUUAUCGAUUUUAUCCUGACGCGGCGCUAUGUUCCUUGGCCCUCAACAAAGGAGACUAUAGCCUAGGCACGUCUUUCGCGGUAAUCACACUGGCAUUAUGUAAAGCUUUGACUGUUUUGUCACUGCUGACAUGGUGCAAAAUCAAAAGGCGUAUUAACGUGUCCGUACACGCUUCUGGACACGUCCAAGAAGGAAGAGAAAUUUUGCUGAGAAUUUUUGCAGAGAAAAGAAAAACAAAUCGAGUUUUACUUUACCUUACGACUGCAGUUCUUCUCUUCUGGUUUCCGACUGUAGUCAUCAGGAUUUUGUCAUUUUCCAUAACGCUUCCACGUCAGAUACAUCUUGCCUCUACUUUUUUCUGGAUUUCCGUCCCUGUACUUCAUCCUAUAAUAUACGGAGCUUUGCAAAGACCUUUCUCAAGGGAGAUUCUAAGGGCCAUGCCGAGAGUAAAACAUGGUGAAAAUAAGGUUCACGCUGAACACACCGUCUGA